CAUAUUCUUUGGCUCAUGGUACCUUUCUCAUCAUCCACAAAAAUGCCAUCCGCUUUCACAUGGAUGACAAUGAAAUACAUCUUAUCUUUGACUGUGAUGGCUGGGUUCCUGCCUCUUUUGAUUUUAAGUGCAACACCACCUGGAGUUCAAUAUCAUACACUACUCACUGAACUGGAAGCUGUCCAAAAUGAAAUUGUUGCUAUGCAUAACACCCUUAGGAGAAAUGUAGUUCCACCAGCCAGUAACAUGCUGAAGAUGAAUUGGAGUGAAAAAGCUGCACAAAAUGCCAGAAUUUGGUCAAAUAAUUGUGAAUUAAGAAAGAGCAAUGCACUUAAGAGGCGAAUUACAAAUACAUUUUGUGGAGAAAAUAUUUAUUUGACAUCUCAUCUUUACUCCUGGUCAAAUGUAAUUGGAAUCUGGUACAAUGAGUCUAAAUAUUUCAAUUAUGGUGACUGGUCAUCAGUUGGUGGUGACGAAACUAUUGACCAUUACACUCAGAUUGUUUGGGCCACUUCGUACCUCAUUGGCUGUGGCAUAGCAUCAUGCCAUGAAAGAAAAUCCACUCGAUACUUCUAUGUUUGCCAUUAUUGUCAUGAGGGCAAUGAUCCUGACAAAAUGAACGUACCUUACAAUAAUGGACCCCCAUGUGGAGACUGUCCUAAAGACUGUGAAGAUAAACUUUGUACUAAUCCCUGCCCCUACUAUGAUGAACAAAGGAACUGUAAAGCAAAAAAACGACUUCAGGGAUGCAAGCACCCAUCAGUUCAACAACUCUGCAAAGCUACCUGUCAGUGUGACACAGGGAUAAAAUAA